AAUCAACAUAGAACUGAGAGUUUACUGUGAGCCAUAUUUCUUUGGAUAUGACUGCAGCGAGAAUUGCCAAGCCAGGGACGAUGACAGUGGUCAUUUUAUAUGCAACCCACUGACCGGAGAUAAGAUCUGCCUAUUUGGUUGGAUAGGACCAGACUGUACGACUAACUUUGAUGAUUGCAAUGGGAACAGAUGCCAUGAUGGAGCGAACUGCAUUGAUCAGAUUGGUUACUAUACUUGUAAAUGUCCACCCGGGAGAACAGCAGUCCGUGCCAGAACAAUGGGAUGUGGUUUCUGUACUGCAAAAGAUGGCCAGGAUGUGUGCUACUGUAAAGAUGGCUAUCACGGGGAACUGUGCGACCAGGCUGUGACAAGCUGUGCUGAUAAACCUUGUCUCCAUAUGGCACUGUGUGAGGAUCUUCCUGCCGGCUAUAGGUGUACUUGUUUGGCAGGCUACAGUGGUAAGACAUGUAGUGAUAAAGCAUCAUACACCGGGUUAAACGGUGUGAAAAUAUUUACAGGUGAUCGAUGUGAGUUCAAAACAAAUGAAUGUGAGAGCAAUCCCUGUCAACAUGGAGGUUUAUGUAUAGAUUUACACCUGGGGUACAAAUGUUUGUGCACAGAGGCAACCACAGGUAAUUAUCAUUGUUGUUGUUGUCCGAACUGUGAGAUCUUCAUCACCACUGACCCUUGCUCCAGUAAUCCAUGUCACAAUGAGGCCACAUGUCUGCCAGCAAUAGACCUGGUCCACUUUACCUGCCAGUGUGCCAGAGACUACACGGGCAUCCUUUGCGAUGUCUUCGUAGACGUCUGCGACACUCUCGUCUGUCAAAAUGGAGGCACUUGUCAUUCCGACACUCAUGGCUGUGAGUGUGAAGAAGGGUACAGGGGAACUUUUUGUGAAGAGGACAUAAACGAAUGUCAGGAGGAUCUGUGUGAGAAUGGUGGCACCUGCAUUGACAAGAUCAAUGAUUUUGAAUGUCUGUGUCCUCUGGGAUUCACAGGUCCCCUAUGUGAUGAAAUGGAAUCAAUCACGCCAGUAGAAGACGCACAGACUGAGAUG